AAAUUUCUAAUUCCAUAAAUGAAGCAUGUACUUAUCAAUAUCACUUAAAGGUCACUUAAACAGAAUACGGUGGUCCAUAAGUCCUAAAACUAGGAGAAUCAGAAAUACCAAAACCACUAGAGAACCAAUCAUUAGUUGAGAUCAAAUCAACUUCAAUAAACAGAGCAGACACUUUAUAAAGAUAAGGGUUGUAUUCCAUACCUAAGGGAGUUACACCUAUAUUAGGGUUGGAAUUUGCUGGUUAUGAACUAGAUGAAAAUGGAAACAGAACAAGAAAAGUUAUGAGUAUCUUGCCAGGAGGUGGAUAUUCUUAAUUUGUAGUAGUCAACAAAGAUCAUUUGAUUGAUGUUCCUGCUAACAUUCCGUUAGAAAUUGUAAUGAUAUUAUGUUAAAAUAGGCUGGAGGAAUCUGUGAGGUGUAUUUGACUGCUUAUCUCUUGUAUAAAUUAUCGGAUUUAAGAAAAGGAGACUCAUGUUUAAUUUAUGCUGCAGCUUCAGGGGUUGGAUAAGCAGCUUUGCAAUUGUGCAACAUCUUUGGAAUCAAUGCAAUAGCUAGUUGCUCUAAAGGAAAGGUUGAUACUGUUAAAAAAUACACCAAGAACAUUAUCAUAAGAGAUGACACAAUUGAAGAAUAAUUCAAAUAAUUGUAAACUCUUUGUCCAUAAGGAGUGAAUUCAGUAUUUGAUUGCAUAGGAAAACAAAAUUACAAGUUAACUGUUGAUAGUUUAGCAAUAGAUGGAAAAUGGAUAUUGUAUGGUUUAAUUACAGGAGGAUUGGUUGAAAAUUUCAAUUUAGCCUCUUUAUUGCAUAAGAGAAUAAGUUUAAUCAAUACUACAUUGAGGUAAAAAGUAACAAAUACUUGAAUAGGUCAAGACCUGAUGAAUUCAAGAAGAAUCUUAUAGAAGAAUUUAAAUAAAAUGUUUUACCAUCUAUUGCUAAUGGAGUAAUUGAUAUCCCAGUGGAUUCUGUAACAAAUAUAAAAUGGGAUCAAAAUGGAAUUAAUGAAUUCAUUAGAUUACAUACAGAAAUGGAGUAGAAUAAAAGUGCUGGGAAAUAGAUUGUAGCUUUCGAAUGAAUUCGGUUAUAGUG